GUUUGAUGCAAUUCGACGAGAAUGGCGUCUGCUCUCUCUGCAUUUAGGGUUUCGAUAUCCAGAAUUAGUCCUUUCCGUGCUAAGCACUUCUCUUAUCCAGCGACGUCCGCUUUAGCCCAUUCCUAUCGAGUCCUCUGCAGCUCUUCCCAUUCUGUAUCUUCCUCUCUGUCUGAUACUUCUCCUUCUUCUUUUUCAUUGAUGGAAACAAAUGAAAACCAGAGGUGGAGACCCAUGUGUUUGUAUUACACUCACGGGAAGUGCACAAAGAUGGAUGAUCCAGCCCAUUUGGAAGUUUUCAACCAUGAUUGCACCAAGGAACUUCCAGUGACAGCUGCUGAUCUUGAGAGAUUGAAGCCACAAGAGUUCGACUUUUUCUUGGUUCUUGACUUGGAAGGAAAAGUUGAGAUUCUUGAGUUUCCUGUUUUGAUCGUAGACGCCAAAACCAUGCAAGUCGUAGACUUGUUCCACAGGUUUGUGAGACCCACCAAAAUGAGCGAGCAAGCAAUUAACAAGUACAUCGAAGGCAAGUAUGGCGAAGUUGGUGUUGAUCGAGUGUGGCAUGACACAGCUAUUCCAUUUAAGCAAGUUGUGGACGAAUUUGAAAGCUGGUUAGCUGAGCAUGGCUUGUGGGGUAAAGAAACAGACGGGACUCUGAAUGAUGCAGCUUUUAUAACCUGUGGAAACUGGGAUAUAAAGACAAAGAUUCCUGAGCAAUGCGUAGUGGCUAAUAUCAACCUUCCGCAAUACUUUAUGGAGUGGAUUAAUCUCAAAGACGUCUACUUGAAUUUCUACGGACGUGAGGCCAGAGGAAUGGUGUCAAUGAUGAAGCAAUGUGGAAUAAGGCUCAUGGGAAGCCACCAUCUAGGCAUUGAUGACACGAAGAACAUCACAAGAGUGGUGCAACGGAUGCUCGCGGAUGGUGCAGUACUCAAGCUCACCGCACGAAGGAGCAAGUCUAAUGUCAGAAACGUCGAGUUUCUGUUCAAGAACCGGAUCAAGUAAGCAGCCCUAACGAAACAUGACAGACCCAACAAGCUGUAUGAUACGUAAACUACUUAGCCAAGUCUUUUUAGGUAACGUUUUGCAGAUUCACAGGUCAUAGAGGCUGUUUAAGACCACAACUUUCUGUAAGAUUUAGCGUUUGUUUUGGUUGAUAAACAAUUUCCCUCUUGAGAUUUGAUGUGAUGUGAUUGUUCUAACUUCUUUGGAGCAAUCUUUUCCACAUCAUCAUCGACAAAUGUUUAGGUCCGCAGCUAGUUUAAUUCUCUAUAUCCAUCACUAAUUAGCCUUAGCCACAUGCCACGCAGUAAAGAUUACGGCGGAUUAAGAUAAUUAGUGUUUAUUAUAUAGCAUUAUGCAAUGUAAGCUUAUCAUUGGAGAACAAUAUA